AUGCAUGUCCCUGAUCCAAUCCAUCCAGGCUUUUUCAUCUUAAGAACAUGCGCGCUUUGGAACAACAAUAGAAUAUUGCUUGCAGCCAUUCUUGUUACCGCUUUCACUUUUCUCGGAGCCUCCAUCGGUAUUACCUUCGCCACUACUGCUCCCGCAACAUAUGCAAUUAGUGCUAUCCCCGGUAUCACGGGGUGCUACCAGAGCUCGAGUAGUCUCCAGCUCUUCAUACCAUUUCUUCUCCUGUGCGCAUUCGAACUGGGACUUAUGACCCUCACACUCAUACGUGCCAUACAGAGUUGGCGACAAAACCCAAGCCGUCUGUACAUUGUCCUGCUGAAUCAUAACAUAUUUUAUUAUACGUGUGGUCUUUUGUUCUCGGUGGCAAAUAUAUUCACAUCACUGCUCCUCCAUUACUCCUACCACGCCAUAUUGCACGAUUUUCAGUUCAUCGUCCUUGCGAUCCUCGCCACGCGUAUGCACCGCCAUCUUUGGCAGAUGAAGCGACAAUCACACGCGUCUGAUGCACUCAUGCAAAUUCCUAUGCCUGACAUGUCACCUCCGGAGUGUACGACGUGACACCUUACCUGCUAGCUUACUCUUACUCGGUGUUGUUCGUUCAGUGAAGUGUGUAUUGUACAGAAUUUGGUAGAGUUUCGCUAGACGCUUAGCCUAUCCUAUAGGACUACCUACCUGGGGCGGGAGAUACCUUUAGUUCUAUUCAACAUCCUUGGUGUCAAUUUUUCAGGGUAAGCAGCGGUAGACGGAUUGAUGAAACAGGACCGAACAUGUUAGAGCCAGAAGUACGGCCUGACAGCAAUGAGUAUCAUCCUGCUGGGCUCACAAAAAUGUUCUAAACACUAUAAUUUAAC